GGGCGGCCCGCGGAGGCGGCGGCAUGUUGCUGCCCCGGCGGCCGCUCCCCGGCCUCCUCGCCCGCUGCGCCCGCCUCGGCUCCUGCCCGCCCGCUGCCGGCGGGGCUCCCGCUGCCCCCGGGGAGCGGCGGGGCCUGCUGGGCCUUCUGGCGCGGCAGUGCGGCUGCCUAACCGGGCAGAGGGCGCGGAGGGCCCGCCGGGCCUGGCACCGCCUUGGCGGUGGGGACGGGGCGGCGGAGAGGGCUCGGCGAAGCGGCGGCGGAGGAGGAGGAGGGUGGUGGUGGUGGUGGUGGCGGGGGUUGCACCGAGGCCGCCCCGCCUUCGCCGCCACCGGCCGCCUCAUGGCGACUCUGGCCGGCGUCUUCGUCUGGGACGGGCAGCGCAUCGAGGAGGAGGAGCUGCAGCGGUCUGCCCAGGAGAUGAAGCACAUGGAGAACAUUUCCAGCCUCCUGCAGGGCAGUGAGUGCCAGAGGCUGGAGCCCACUGUGGGCUCUGGGGAGCAGCCCUGGGAGAUGAUCAUGGACAAGAAGCACUUCAAGCUGUGGAGGAGGCCCAUUGAGGGCUCCCACCUGUACCAGUACCGAGUGUUUGGCUCCUACACCGAUGUGACUCCUCGGCAGUUCUUCAACGUGCAGCUGGACACCGAGUACAGGAAGAAGUGGGACUCGCUGGUCAUCAAGCUGGACGUCAUCGAGCGCGACCUGGCCACGGGCUCCGAAGUCAUCCACUGGGUCACACACUUCCCUUACCCCAUGUACUCCAGGGACUACGUCUACGUCCGGAGGUACAGCGUGGACAAGGAGAACAACCUGAUGGUGCUGGUCUCAAGGGCAGUGGAGCACCCAAGUGUCCCUGAGGACCCUGAGUAUGUCAGGGUCAGGACCUAUGAGUCCCAGAUGGUCAUCAGGCCUCACAAAACCUUUGAUGAGAAUGGCUUUGACUACCUGCUGACCUACAGUGACAACCCCCAGACAGUGUUCCCCAGGUACUGCCUCAGCUGGAUGGUCUCCAGCGGCAUGCCUGAUUUCCUGGAGAAGCUGCACACAGCAGCCCUCAAGGCCAGGAAGUUGGAGCUGGAGGUGAGAGACUACCUGGGGGCCAAGGCGCCGGAGGGGGCAGCCGAGGGCAAGGCUGCGCUGGCCGAGGGAGGAGGCUGCAGCCCUGCCCUGGACUACGCCUGA